AGCAAGAAGAGGAAGAAUUGGGGUGGCGGGGUCAGGCCGGCUGAGGAGGGGGGCAUGUCGAUGCCCGACGCGAUGCCGCUGCCCGGGGUCGGGGAGGAGCUGAAGCAGGCCAAGGAGAUCGAGGACGCUGAGAAGUAUUCCUUCAUGGCCACCGUCACCAAGGCGCCCAAGAAGCAAAUCCAGUUUGCUGAUGACAUGCAAGAAUUCACCAAAUUCCCUACCAAGACUGGCCGAAGGUCUUUGUCUCGUUCCAUCUCUCAGUCCUCAACCGACAGCUACAGUUCAGCUGCCUCUUACACAGAUAGUUCUGAUGAUGAAGUUUCCCCCCGAGAGAAACAGCAAACUAAUUCCAAAGGCAGCAGCAACUUCUGUGUGAAGAACAUCAAGCAAGCAGAAUUUGGACGACGGGAGAUAGAGAUUGCAGAGCAAGACAUGUCUGCUCUGAUUUCACUCAGGAAACGUGCUCAAGGGGAGAAACCCUUGGCUGGUGCUAAAAUAGUGGGCUGUACACACAUCACAGCCCAGACAGCGGUGUUGAUCGAGACUCUGUGUGCCCUGGGGGCUCAGUGCCGCUGGUCUGCUUGUAACAUCUAUUCCACCCAGAACGAAGUAGCUGCAGCUCUGGCUGAGGCUGGAGUUGCAGUGUUUGCUUGGAAAGGCGAGUCAGAAGAUGACUUCUGGUGGUGUAUUGACCGUUGUGUGAACAUGGAUGGGUGGCAGGCCAACAUGAUCCUGGAUGAUGGGGGAGACUUAACCCACUGGGUUUAUAAGAAGUACCCAAACGUGUUUAAGAAGAUCCGAGGCAUUGUGGAAGAGAGCGUGACUGGUGUGCACAGGCUUUAUCAGCUCUCCAAAGCUGGGAAGCUCUGUGUUCCAGCCAUGAACGUCAAUGAUUCUGUUACCAAACAGAAGUUUGAUAACCUAUAUUGCUGCCGAGAAUCCAUUUUGGAUGGCUUGAAGAGGACCACAGAUGUGAUGUUUGGUGGGAAACAAGUGGUGGUGUGUGGCUAUGGUGAGGUGGGAAAGGGCUGCUGUGCUGCCCUCAAGGCUCUCGGAGCCAUCGUCUACAUCACUGAGAUCGACCCCAUCUGUGCACUGCAGGCCUGCAUGGAUGGGUUCAGGGUCGUAAAGCUAAAUGAAGUCAUUCGGCAAGUGGAUGUCGUAAUAACUUGCACAGGAAAUAAAAAUGUGGUCACGCGGGAGCACUUGGAUCGCAUGAAGAACAGUUGUAUCGUGUGCAAUAUGGGCCACUCCAACACGGAAAUCGAUGUUACAAGCCUCCGCACUCCGGAGCUGACUUGGGAGCGUGUCCGUUCUCAGGUGGACCAUGUCAUCUGGCCAGACGGCAAACGCGUAGUUCUUCUGGCAGAGGGGCGUUUGCUCAACCUGAGCUGCUCCACAGUUCCCACCUUUGUUCUGUCCAUUACAGCUACCACUCAGGCUUUGGCACUGAUAGAACUCUAUAAUGCACCCGAGGGACGAUACAAACAAGAUGUGUACUUACUUCCUAAGAAAAUGGAUGAGUAUGUCGCCAGCUUGCACCUGCCAUCAUUUGAUGCCCACCUGACAGAACUCACAGAUGACCAAGCGAAAUAUCUGGGACUCAACAAAAAUGGGCCAUUCAAACCCAAUUAUUACAGAUACUAAUGGACCAUACUACCGAGGACCAGUCCACAUGAACCACACAACGCUCUAAGAAAUAUUUUUAAAGAUAACUUUUAUUUUCUUCUUAUUCCUUUCCUCUUGAUGUAUUUCUCUUAUCAUUUUCAUCCUUGUUUCCAUUUCAUUGUUCCAGUUCUACAGACCACAUGGGAACUUGCUUUCUGGCUCCUUAUAGCUGAAACUGAAUCAGGGUUCCUCACCCUA